GGAGCAGGGCGCCCCCUGCGCCCCGCCUCUAUCCCCACCUCCGCUCCUCUUUCUCCUGCACACCCUCUCCCAGCAGGGAGCAUCGGCUUUGCCAGCCUCCUCUGCAACUCGCGCGCAGCCAUGGACAUGGAUGACGCCGACACCCUAGAACCCCAGCCCUGCCCAGAGGGGCCCUGGUUUAUCCUGAACGCCUGCUCCCCGCCUCAGGACUCCCCCAGCAAAGUGGGCGGCAGCCUGCUCCGCAAGGCUGCCGUGGUGAUCGACAUGGGCACGGGCACCUGCAAAAUGGGCUUCGCCGGGCAGGCGCGACCCACGUGCACCGUGACCACGGUCGUGGGCUGCGGGCCCCGGAGCCCGGCCGGCCCUGGGCAGCGGGAGCUGGAGACGCUCAUCGGCGAGGCGGCCCGCGCGCGCCUGGACCUGCAGCUGCUGCAGCCCGUGCGCGCCGGCAUCGUGCAGGACUGGGAGGCCGCGGAGCUGCUGUGGAGCCACGUGCUGGAGCACGACCUGCUCGCUGACCCCCUCGAGCACCCGCUGCUCUUCUCGGACCCUCCCUUCAGCCCGGCCACCAACCGCGAGCAGCUGGCAGAGACGGCCUUCGAGGCGCUGCGCUGCCCGGCCGCCUUCGUGGCCUCGCAGGCGGUGCUGUCCGUCUACGCCCACGGCCGGGUCAGCGGGCUCGUGGUGGACACGGGCCACGGGGUGAGCUGCGUGACGCCGGUCUUCCAAGGCUACGUCCUGCCGCACGCCCUGGAGCGCCUGGACCUGGCCGGCAGCCACCUGUCCGCCUUCCUGGCCGAGGCGCUGAGGCGCGCGGGCUGGGCGCUGGGGCAGCGCGACCUGCAUGUGGUGGAGCGCAUCAAGCACACUCACUGCUACGUGGCCUCGGAUUUCCAGCAGCUGCAGGCGCAGGCAGACGCGCAGAGCAGACGCUGCGUGCUGCUGCCUGACGGGCGCGUGGUCCCGCUGGGCAAGGAGCGGUUCCAGUGCCCGGAGCUGCUCUUCUGCCCGCCGUCGGUGCCGGGGCUGCCGCGCGAGGGCCUCCCCGCCCUGGCCGCCCGCAGCCUGUGCAAGCUGUCUGCCGAGGCGCAGGCGCCCGUGGCCCAGCGCGUGCUGCUGUGCGGCGGCUCCUCGCUCUUCGCCGGCUUCCCGGGCCGCUUCAGCGCGGAGCUGCGGCGUGCGCUGUCCUGCGAGACACACGCCCCCGUGGUGGUGGCCAGGCCCAAUCGCAGCCUCUCGGUGUGGAUUGGGGGCUCCAUCCUGGCCUCGCUGAGCGCCUUCCAGUCCUGCUGGGUGCUGCGGGAGCAGUACGAGGAGCAGGGCCCGCACGUGGUGUAUGACAGGUGGUACUGA